CGUACAGUAAGCAAAUGGUGUUUUGCACUUUUGCAGCACGGCGCGAGUUUUUAAAAUACGACUAAUUACAAAUAGUUUAAACAUGACAACAAUAUCAAGUUCUGAAGAAGAGUCAAUAAACACGAGUACGAGUACCUCACCUAUCUUGAAUAGCAAUGAGAAUAGUAACAAGGAAUAUUUUAAAAAACCUCCAACGGUUAAAACAUGGCUGUCAACAAGAUUCUGUUUGGCGUACCUGGCUUGUUUCGGCUUCAUGAAUGUAUAUGCACUGAGGGUGAAUCUUAGUGUUGCAAUUCUUUCAAUGGUCAACUCAAGUUAUAUGGAGAUUCACACACACAACAACAUCAGUGAUGCAUGUCCUGCAUCACCAUCUCACAAGAAUUCAACGACAGGAGAAUUUAACUGGGAUGCCCACAAAAGAUCUUUGGUAUUGGGAGCCUUUUUCUAUGGAUAUAUUCUCACUCAGCUACCAGGAGGCUAUCUUGCAGGCAGGUUUGGUGGGAAGUGGUUGUUUGGUCUUGGUAUUUUGUGCACAUCUGUCCUAACACUGCUUACUCCUGUUGCUACUCGAACCAGUUUUGUUCUUCUUAUUAUUCUGCGUAUUUUCGAGGGAAUUGGGGAGGGUGUAACCUUUCCAGCCAUGCAUUCAAUGUGGGGGAUAUGGGCUCCACCAAGCGAGCGUAGCAGGUUAGUCUCCAUCACAUAUGCUGGUUGUCAUCUGGGAACUGUGAUUGCACAACCUAUAUCAGGGAUUCUGUGUGCAUCAACAUUUUUGGGCGGUUGGCCAUCUGUUUUCUAUGUGUUUGGUACACUGGGUAUUUUAUGGUGCAUUGUAUGGUUCAUAUUUGCACACAGCAAACCUGCCGACCAUCCAAGGAUAACAACUUCGGAACUUAAUUACAUUCAAUCCAACCUUGAACCGAAAGAUGACUCAGUGUCAGUUCCAUGGUGGGAAAUAGCAACCAGCAAAAGAGUAUGGGCCAUCAGUAUAGCUCACUUCUGCAACAACUGGGGCUUUUACACGUUACUUACUUGUCUUCCCACGUACUUGAAAGAUGUUUUAAAGUUUGACAUACAACAGGAUGGAUUCAUAUCAGCGUUGCCUUAUCUUGUGAUGUGGAUCAGUAUAAACUUUAACGGACUAUUGGCAGAUUAUCUGCGUGAAAAAGAAAUCCUUAACACAACACAAACAAGGAAAAUAUUCAAUGCAGUUGCUUUCAUUGGGCCUGGUAUCUUUCUGGUUGCAUCUGGGUUUGUGGGUUGCAACAAAGUAGCAGCGGUUAGUUUGAUCUGCCUUGCCACUGCAUUCAACGGCGCUGGUUUCCCUGGUUUUAAUACCAACCAUGUAGAUAUUGGGCCACGAUAUGCAGGUAUACUGAUGGGUAUAACCAAUACAUGGGCUACAAUCCCAGGUUUUGCUGCACCAGCUGUGGUUGGCCUUCUUACUGAAAACAAUCCCAGCAGAAGUCAAUGGCGCAUUGUGUUCUACAUUGCCGCCGGUGUUUAUCUGACUGGAACUAUCCUCUACUCACUGAUGGCAACUGGUGAAGAGCAGGAAUGGAACAGAGGCAAAAAGAAAGUUGAGCUGGAUCAAAAGCAGCCUUUACUGCAGUGAUUUAAUGUUUUUCUUAGUUUGAAUAGUGCUAUUUGAUUGUUUUAUUGCUUCCAAGUAUUGAUUUUGAUCAUGUGCAAUACUUCUUUCUUCUUUUUUUAAUUUAGAAGUCCCUCUGUUUUUGUAAGAAUAGGCCAAGAUUGUGUGAUUACCAUAUAUUGCAGUUUGCCUUACUGGUAUUGAUUGAUGGAGCCAAAAUAGUUUAAAAUUUAAGAAUCUGUGCCCGAUGUGAUUUUCAAAUGUGCCUUGUUUUAUUGAUAUCUUUAAGAUUCGAAAACUUUUUUCUAUUUUGGUGUUUGUUUUAAAAAUUUUGGGUGAUUGUUUUGAUUUUGUUCCAAUUUAAAAAAGUUUUUCCAAAAUGUUUUGUAUGGCUAGGUGAGUACCUAAAUACAGAAUUUUUGAAA